AUGGCCAACGUGUGGAGCGAUGUCACCGAGCAACCGAUCCCCGUCAUCAAGUCAGGCACUUGCGCCAAUGUCAUUGCCGAUUCGACACGUCGUCUUCAGCAAUGCGUACAAGACCAACUCACACACCUUGACAACCGUGCAAGAGCCUUGGCAACCAGCGGCAACUUUGAAGCAGCAUUGAAAGAUGUUGCUAGGAUACGACAACUGGUUCCUUCUUCAGUAAUGGGAUACUUGUGUGGUGGUCACGUGUAUUCACUUCAAGGACGACAAAAGGCAGCGAUUGAUAUCUAUGAUCAAGGGCUGGUUGCUGUUUCAUCAUCGGAUCCAUCUCAUCAACAACUUGUGGAAGCACGAUCGAUGGCUCAUCAACGUGAUAGCACAAGAAUCGAUUUUAUUAAGGAGCUCCCUUUGGAUAUCAUUAUGAAUAUUGCACCAAGGAUCUUGUCCGAGGAGAAGGUGGCACCAAGUGAAAUCCGAGCAUACCUUGACGUGUCACGUGUAUGGCGAGAAAAGCUCUUGAUGUGCAUACGAGAAUUGCAUGUAUUAAGCACAAUCAACGACAGCCAUCUGGAUGCUGAUGGUCUUCCGGGUCUAAUUGCCACUUAUUGUACAACCCUUACGCUUGAAAGUCGAGUUACUUGCUUACGCGAUUUCAUAUCGGAUGCACGGUUCCCUUUAUUAAAGGCUUUGACCAUUAAUCAGGUACGGGACUCUGCUGGUGACGACUAUGAUGAUUACGAUGAAGAUGAUGAAUAUGGCAGUGGCUAUCUCCGGGACAUCAUUGCGUCUUUUCGAUCUACAGCAACACUGACCCAAUUGAAGAUCUUUGCGUAUGAGUCUUGCUACAUCCCCUUUGCCGAUAUUCUCAGCAACUGCCCAAGCCUUGUUGAUUUGGAAGCUACCUGUAUCGAUUCGGACAUGUCUACUGCACCCGCAAGCUGCCCCAAUUUGAAAUCAUUGUCGUUUAUGCUGAAUGAGGAUCAACACUUUGAUAUGAAUGAUAUCACCAAACGACUCCCUGGAUUGGAAAGACUUGUAGCAUCGCCUUUUCAGUAUGCGAAAGAUUUUGGGAUCAUUAAAAUGCUAAGCUGUUAUUGCCUAUCGACAUCCCACGUCGUGUUAUUGAAUCAUUUAUGGUCAUCUACUCAUUAG